UUACUCCUUUUAGGCCUUCGGUGGAUGCAUAAAAAUAAGAUCAUCCAUUUACCCAUUCAUCCAUUCGUCCAUUCAUCCCUUCACCCAUCCAUCCUUCAAAAAUAAAUGAUUGAAAUGGCUCUUGGAUCCAGUGUUUAAAUGUGCACACCAGACAGAGGUCCAAACCCUAAAGACAGUCUUUUUCAUGGUCCUUCGAGCCGGAGUCGACCUCUAGACUGGGUAUGGAUCCUAGAGCCGGAUCAGAUGAAGAAGCACAUGGAAGGCCACGACGAGAGAGGAGACCACCUGGUUACCUCAGAGACUACCAAACCCAGCUUUACAGCCAGGCCCUUGCACAGGAUGGAGCAGCCUGUCCUUCACCUCCAGAAGCCGUCCUUUUAAAGCAAGAACUGGCACAGCUGAAAGGUAUUGUAGCAGAACUCAGACACAGACUUGACCACUAUGAGCAGAGUGUUUCAGGAGGAGAUGAAUUUGAAGAGCAAAGUGGUGAUGAAUCCUGUGAAGGAGCAUGUGUACAACAGGACAAGACUUCUAAUCCAGAAACCCAUGAUCCAUAUACAUAUAAGUCACAAUCAGAGCCUGCAUUAUCAGAGUCUGUACAGAAACCCAGGCAUGAGAGAAUUUCCCAGUCUGUUCAGACACUGCAAUGUCAGGGGAGACAUGAGAGACCACUACAGCCUGUCACCACACAAUUAACUACCACAGGCGACAAUAUAACCCAACCUGAAAUAAAGGAGACUGAGGGUCCAUACCACAGAUCGGUUGCACAAGAACUUCCACUUACAUUACCUGAACUUCCUUUAUCCACCAGUGUGAUGCCCUCAGCUUACACAAUUACCGGCCAGUGGACCUCAGGCAGCAAAUAUUCCAGGCAGGCAGCCCAGACACAUGCUCCCCCCAGUUUUCCAGCCUCUUCCCAAGUAUUACACAGCGUGCCAUAUUCUACCCAGGUCUCUGUAGCCCAACAGCAGCAAAUUCAAGUGCCACGGUCCCAUGUGUACCCAACUACACUGCCUCCAACCUGUGCACUCCAGAGCCAACCAUCCUUACCCCUUGUGCAUUAUACUCAAGCCCCCCCGGUCUCUGUACAGCAUACGCCAAUCCCAUUACAGGCAGAGUACAGGCAUUUCACUCAUACUGCCCACAUGCAACCUCAUGUUUACUCAUCCCAGUCUGCAUAUCCCCCUCAAUCACAAUUAUCCCAGCCUGCCCCUGCUCCUCCUUCUCAGCUUGUUCCCAUGCAUCAGCACCAGCUUACUCUUCCCCCAGCCCCAGCUUUGCUUAAUGACCGACCCAGAUAUUCUUCACGCAUUGAAGUACCCUCAUUCCCCAACUUCACGCAGGAAGACCCCCAUGAAUUUGCAAUGUUGAAGAUGGCACUUAACAACCUCUUACCUCCAGAUGAACCAGAACUCUACAAGUACCAUAUUCUAUUAGACCAUCUGCACCUGAGUUCAGCCCGCCAUAUUGCUCUCUCAUAUGCUCAUGACCCACGACCCUAUACCAUGGCUCUGGCAGCUUUAGAGCAGCAGUAUGAACGCACUAUUGUACUGCCUUCAGCAGCCGAGUACCUUGGUCUUGACGGGGCGGCUGAGAAACUAGACCUGCGGACACCUCAGAUCCUCAUUGGAACUGAUAACCCUCACCUUAUAACCCCCAUUGAACCCGUGCGCCUCCCAUUUGGACUGAAGAAAGCCCCUGUUGCAGUAAACACUAAGCUUGGCUGGGCUCUCCAGGGACCUACAAAUUUACCUGGACUGCAAAACUCACCCCAGUGUUUAUUUAUCUCAAUAAUGAGCCCUUAUGCAGAGCUAAAACGUGAUGUGGAGAAGCUGUGGCAGGCUGACAUCCUCCCCUACAGAAAUGAGAAAUUGAUCACUAGAUCAAAACAGGAUAGAGAGGCUAUGGAACUGCUGGAAACAAAAACCAUAAGGAUCAAUGUGGAUGGAAUUGAACACUAUGCAACCCCCUUGUUACGAGCCAAAAAUGCUCCAAAGCUCCAAGCUCCUAAAGAGUCUGUGAUGCCUCUCCUUCGCAGUGCUGAACGGCAGCUACAGAAGAAACCAGAGCUGGUCGAAAUCUACAAUAAGGAAGCCAAGUACUGA